AAUAGUCAGGUGCUUUCGGAGUGCCUUCUGCUCCAUUGAAUCAGUUACUGUGCGUACGGUUUAGCGUGAAUUCGCGUUCGUUCGACCCGGCCUCAACUCGACUUCCAGGAUGACGAGAGGCACGGGAAAACCGAGCAAUGUGAUCCACGUGUCAUUUUUCGCACUGUUCGCUGUCUAUCAGCUCGCCUUUGCCUGCGCCUGCACGCCCGUUGUGAUCUGGUGUCCGCAGGAGUUGUCCAACGCGACGUUCAGAACGGCGCCAUCGAGUCCGCUGCAGAAGCUGGCUUCCGACGAGUUCGAGAGUGAUCUGGUGCAGUUCAACAUUACCGAGCCAGCGAUCAUCGCCGAGGAGCUGUGCGUCGAGGAUCUGCGAAAUAGCAAGGUGCUGUCAAAUGCUACUAAUGGUUCUAAAAUAUUUUAUUACCCGUGUGUCGUUUCGCCCGAUAAGAUCUUCCAAAAGAUCUAUAAACAUAUAAAAAAUAUAGAGAAUAUGAAUUAUGAUCACGAGUUUAACAUGGUCCUCAAGGACAUUGAUUCGAACGGAUGCAUAGCAUUUACUGGAAAACAGUGUCGUUACAGCCACGCUGAGCGAAUAAAGAGAGAAGCGCUUGCAGACAAUUCUACAGAGUUCAAGAUAAAAACAGACAAAGUUCUAUUAUAUUCCGCUCAACCAUUGAAAUUCCAGAUAUCCGACAAGUCAUCAGAGGUGAAUCUUAGUCAAUCUAAAGUCACCGGAAUGUCGUCUCGUAAGGGCAAUGACAGCACGAUCUUGACCAUCAAGUUCACCGAUGAAACCAUUGGCAGUCUGACGCUCGAGUUCUUCUUCCAGGUCAAAAGCGUCGGCUACUACACGUUGAACAGAGUGAACUGCGAGACGACCAAUGGAGUUGAUAAUCUAUCUACCAAGCGAGACAUUUCCUUUCCAUUCGGUUUCUCUUAUCAUUGCUCACUGAAAACCGUCUUCACAGACGGUACCACGUACUUAAAUAUCACGGAUAUGCAGGUACAGGUCGAACACAAAAAUGCGACGUUCAACGACGCGUACGACUGCGUCGGUUUUACCAGUAUACCAAUUUGGACGGGAAUAUUCGUGACGGUAAUAUUGGGCUUGAUCAUGAUAUGGGCGCUCACCAUGAUCAUGGAUAUCCGCACGAUGGACAGAUUCGAUGAUCCUAAGGGGAAAACUAUCACGAUCUCCAGCGCGGAAUAGAAUAAUAAUAA